AUGUCCCCCACCCCCCGCCCGACGCUCACUCACCUUCUGCGGCACCUCUCCCGUUCCCCCCCCUUGCACAACCCGCGCCACCCGCGCUCCGCCUCCCUAACCGCGACGAUCUCCUCGGCCUCACUGCACCCAACGCUGGAGGCAGCACUGCACCUUCUCAACGGCGACCUGCCGUCCGCCCACUUCCUCGUGCGGCACAUGCAGUCUCCGCCCGCCGUCGAAGGCAUGCUGCUGCACGGCAUACUGCACCGCAUCGAGGGCGACUACGAUAAUGCCCGCGCGUGGUAUAGCGACGUCGAUCAGGCGGGGGCGGAGGUGCUGGGGGUUGCGUGGGUUGGCGGUAAAGAGGGCGGUAAAGGGGGCGGCGAAGGGGGAGGUGGGUGGAGCGGGUUUAUAGACGCCGUGGAGAGGUCGAAGAGAGAGGGGCGGGAGGAGCGGGAGGAUGUGGCGCUGGUGGAGGAGGGCGGCAGGGAGCUGAAUGCUGUGCUUGAGUUCUGUAGGAAGCGGUUUGGCGACGGAGAGGUGCUCGACGCCAGCGAUGCGUGGGUUAGGCCCAGUGAGAAGAUUAAGAACAUGGGACAGGGACAGGUUACGGGUGAUCAGCAGAGGGCGAUGUUUUGAUCGAGUAUGUAGGAUGAACUAGAAUACGAAUAAUAAAUGGGAUUGCUGCUGGUUGGGAACUCGGGAUCUGGCCGUCAUGCAGCUUCGCUUCUCAGCUGGGCCAGCGGGAUAUCAAUCGGACCUGCAGGUUCUCACAGGCGGGCGGUCGACAUGCGCCGGGUGCUGUCUCAAAGAACUCCGAAUUUCGGUCCAGACCCCCCAAAAAGCGAGUGAUACACCAUGUACGCUGCCACGAUUUCGG